AUGGCAGUGAUACGAGAACCCCCCGCCUAUCGGAUUAUAGACAGCAAUUCAGCCCGUCUUCAAGAAAGGUUUGCCAACUUUUGGGGUAGCCCGGUGACGUUUGCGUCGAUGUGCAGCCCGGAGUUCGCAAAAAUGAUCUCGGGUCUUUUCCAUGUCGAUUCACAGCAAAUCGCAUUGAUGGAUGAUAUGACCAGCAAUGCCGUUAUGGCUUUCAGUGCCGGCGAUGCAGCUUUGACACAGAGCCCACAUUGGCCUGUAUUCACCAAAAUGACCCACUCACAUGCUAUGAAGGCAAUGACCCUCUUGAGAGAUCGCCUUAGAUAUACAUGGCCGCACCUAAACGAUGCCUCUGUUGUUCUAACGGCCUUUAACCUUUUUUGCUACGGGCUUUGCGUUUCCGACUCGUCAAUCCUCCAGUUUAUGACCGCGAUCAUUCAAACCUACCACAAGUAUAAUAGCGGGUUUCCCCUAAAUGCGGAGAUUGUAACUGGGGACAAUGGAUUUUGGAUCGUCAGACUAUUUAUGGCGAACAAUCCUGACGACCGCGGUUUAAUCAUGCGAUAUGAUACCAACACCUUCGAACGCGAAAGAGAGAUGUUCGAAGAUAAAUCCGGAUUCUAUUAUUCUCACCAGAAGAGAAGAGGAUCAAGCCCAGACCAGCCAGCGACGCCAAUUCUAGCUAGUAAUAUUGACCCUGUGGUUACGUUGACAGUCUCGGAUAUUGCCGCUGAGGUACAUGUGCCGGUUAACCCUAGCAGCCCUUACUCAUCCCCACCGAGCUCAAGUCAAUACGAUACCGACUCGAUGUUCGUCGACUCGGAUGAAAGAAUAUGGGACAUGUGA